GCAACAAAUGUACUUUUGAAAACACCAAAUGUUUUUUUGAAAAAAUCAGAUGAACUUUAGAAAGUGUCAAAUGUACUUUCGAAAAUAUCAAAAGUACUUUCGACAAUAUCAAAUCUACUUUCGACAAUAUCAAAUCCACUUUAGAAAAUAUCUACUGUAUGUAAUAUAACAUAACCGAGUAACAUUUAAAAAAAAAUGUAAAAUGUAGAAUAAAUAUUACGAGUAUUUUAAAUACUCACGUGUAGUCGUUAACAAUGCAAGUUCAGGAUAACUGCGCAUUUUGCCUCGUCUCUAUGAAGCGUCGAGCAUUGAAAAGGUUACAGCCAUGCAGACACCUAUUUAAUGCUGACUGUUUUGAAAAUGUACCAACCGCAACAAGUUGUCCAAUUUGUCGAAGCGAUGUAACGGUUGCCGAAUCAGUUGAGCGACGUGCCAACAUAAAAUACUCUGCUGAAGACAGGAAGCGAAUUGUGGAGGCAGCCAAUAAAGGCCUUGAUUGGGUGCAGCUGGCGGAGUCUUUAAAUGUAAAAUAUAAAACGGCUUACGUAUGGGUAUCAUCUGGCACUCCUCAAGCACUAAGGCGAGGUGGUACAAAAGAAAGAGCGCUGACGGACAAUGAAGUUGCAGUGAUGGUCCAAUGGAUUGAGGAGGAUGCCACUAUGACACUCACAAAAAUUCGUGAAAAAAUUAAACAAACGUUUAGAAAAGAUGUGUGCAUUUCCAGCGUGGGAAACUAUUUACAAGGACAACUUUUUACGAUGAAGGGGAUUCAUAAGGAACCUCAAUCAAUGAAUUCGCAGCUAAAUAAGGAAAAGCGCCGCGAAUACGUAUGUACGUUGAAUCAAUAUAUUCAGGAAGGCAAGCAGAUUUUAUACAUCGACGAGACAAAUUUUAAUUUAUUUUGUCGGCGUUCACGAGGUCGUGCUAAGGUUGGAAAACGUGCGGUAUAA